AUGGUGUACCCCGAGGGUUUGGUGGCCGCAGCCGCGGUGCUCACCGGCCUGGGCCUUCUGGCCUGGUGCCUUUGGGCAGGGUGGCUGGAGGUGCCUGGAGAGUGGAGAGAGGAGGAGGAAGAGGAGGGGAUCCCCUUCAUCGCCGAGGACGGCUCAGGGCGCUGCCGGCUGCUGUGCAAGUCCUCGGCACUGGCCCAGCACCUGGUGCGGAGCUUGGGGCGGUCGGUGGUGCUGCGGGGGGGCCGCUGGCCAUGGCCACGCUGGCCCCGGCUCCAGAUGCUGCGGCAGCUCCUGCAGCCGCCUGAGCUGGAGCCUGCGGUGGCCCGGGAGCUCCUGCAGCUGCCUGACGCUGGGCUGGUGGCCCUGGACUGGCUGGUGGGGCCGUGGGGGGCUGCAGGUGGUGGUGAGGGGGGCCCCAGCCCGGUGCUGCUGCUCAUCCCCAAUGCUGCCGGGAAGGUGACGGGGGUUCUGCAGCUGGGGCUGCGGGCGCUGGAGCGGGGCUUCAUCCCUGUCAUCUUCAACCGCCGGGGCCACAAUGGCUGCCCCCUCACCACCCCCCGGCUCCAGCCCUUCGGGGACCCCGGGGACCUGCGGGAGGCGGUGACCUACCUGUGCUGCCGGCACCCCGCCGCCCCGCUGCUGGCCGUCAGCGAGGGCUCGGGCUCGGGGCUGCUGCUCGCCUACCUGGGGGAGAGCGGCUCCUCCAGCCGCCUGGCCGCCGCUGCCUGCAUCUCCCCUGUCUUCCGUGGCCGGGACUGGUUUGAGGCCGGGAUGCCCUGGCUCUACGAGUGGCCGCUGCUCCUGCACCUCAAGCGAGGACUCAGCAGGUACGCGGGGUCCCUGGCCCAGGCGGUGGACGUGGACAGGCUGCUGGGCAGCCGCUCGCUGUGGGAACUGGAGGAAGCCCUCUUCUGCCAGACCAAGAGCCGCCCCACCAGCUGGGAGACCUACUGGGAGCGCAACGAGCCCCUGCGCGACGCCGACGAGGCGGCCGUGCCGGUGCUGUGCCUCUGCAGUGCCGAUGACCCCGUCCGCGGCCCUCCGGCCCACAGCCUGCCCCUGGAGCUCUUCCGCAGCAGCCCCUACUUCUUCCUGCUGCUGACCCAGCACGGGGGGCACUGCGGCUUCCCCCGGCGGGGACCGGGGCGCUGCUGGGGCCACGAGGCCGUACUGGAGUACUUCAGGGCCAUGGCUGAGUUCCUGCGGGCAGAGGAGCGGAGGAAGGGGCUGCCGCGGCCCCGCAGGUGGGGGGGUGCCGCCAUCGAGCCCCCCGUCUUCACCUGGCAGAGGUCCUACACCCGGUAG